GGCGUGGAGCGGAGCGGAGUGGGUGGGUGUGUGUUUGUGUAUAAAUAAUCUGUGGCAGGUUUAUUGUUCUACAAGUCUCUCUGUAUAGAUCGUCCGGAGUUCUAGCAAUGAAGUUCGAAAUACUGGUAGAUCAUUAACUCCCACAGAGCACAUUGGAGACGGUUCAGUUGGGAUUUCAGAUCACAAGUAGUGGGACAGUCCUCGCCAAUUCUGAGCCGCCUGCAAGCCAUCGUUGCCAAAGGGUACCUCUUUGUGCAGCUGUGGGUGCAGACAUAACACUGUAAAGUAUGGUUGCUUAGCUUUGCCUGGAGUUGUUCAGGUGACCAGAUUCCAUGCAGAAGCGUCACUGUUAACGGUAGUCGCAGCGACAGAAGUCGUAGGAACAGGCUAGGAGUGAGCAGAGUGAACUGGUGUGUUUUUUUAAAGAAUUUGGUGCGGAAAGCUGGUCCUGCAGCAGCAAUGGAAAAAAUCGGGAUCUGCGAGGAGCCGAAGUUUCGCUCAAAGGACUACAUUGACCCACCUGCAGUGCCUUUCGUAGACGCAUCUGAGCUUAGGAAAUGGUCAUUCUAUCGAGCCAUCAUCACGGAGUUCAUCUCCACAUUACUCUUCCUCUACAUCGCCAUCGGAACCGUGGUUGGCGCCAGUCGAAAUGCCGACUGUGCAGGAGUCGGCAUUCUGGGCAUCGCGUGGGCAUUUGGUGGGAUGAUAUUCGUGCUCGUGUAUUGCACUGCUGGUAUCUCAGGAGGGCAUAUCAACCCAGCGGUGACUUUCGGCCUUCUUCUGGCUCGUAAGAUUUCCCUUACUCGUUCUCUGGCGUAUAUGGUAGCGCAGUGCUUGGGAGCCAUUUGUGGAGCAGGCUUAGUGAAGGAGUUCCAGCAUUCUUUCUACAUGGACCACGGAGGAGGGGCGAACGCAGUGGCACCAGGCUACAGCACUGGUACUGGUUUGGCCGCUGAGAUCAUUGGAACUUUCGUGCUGAUGUUUACCGUCUUCUCCGCCACGGAUCCCAAGCGUAAAGCACGUGACUCUCAUGUACCGGUGUUGGCCCCUCUUCCGAUUGGGUUUGCUGUUUUCGUAGUUCAUUGUGCCACCAUUCCCAUAACCGGAACUGGCAUCAACCCUGCCCGGAGCUUUGGUGCCGCUGUCAUCUUCAACCGCAGCAAGUCCUGGGAUGACCACUGGAUCUUCUGGGUGGGUCCAUUCCUGGGAGCUGCUUUGGCUGCCGCUUAUCAUCAAUACAUCUUACGAGCUAAUCCAAUCAAGUCGAUGCGGUCCUUCGGAAAUGGGUCCAAUCACACGUAAACCUCCCAGCCAGAGCCAGCACAAAACCGUCUUAAUGAGAUGCUGUCAAGCGGCUUCGAUGAAAUUAAACAACAGCAUUUAAAACCUGGUUUUUUCUUCCUUUUAUUGUGCUUUCGAUCCCAUCCUUUUACCAGACGGCGGUUCGAACUUCAGUGGUGUGGUAGACGAUUAGAAUGAAUCUCGACACCAAGUGACUGAUCUCACAUCGGCUGUACAGUUCAUAAGUAUUAUAGGGGAGGCUGUUCGGCUCGAUUUCCAGGGGAAUCAAUGUGUUUUUUAUCAUAUUCUUCACUAGGAUAGAAAAACAAUCGGUUGAAGCCGGUCCUCGUUUGUAAGUAUAGUUGCUGCUCGAUACUUUAGGUCUCUACACCACUGUGAUGCAUCUUCUAUGCUUUUACGAGCGGAUCUAAUGUCCGUUCCAAAGCAAUUCUUCAGAUAUAUAAUACUUAGCCACAGAACAUUUCCCAAACACUACAUUGUAAGGUUUUAGAUCUUCUCUUUGUUAAUGGUAACAGAACCAACCCUCCGUCACAUUCAACACAACUAAUGAUAACUACUCUAGUUAAAAUCUCAAUGGGCAUUAAUGUCCAAUAUGAGUUAUCUUCU